UUAUUGAACUUGUAACUGUUGUCUGCAGUGAUAUCACAACACUGCAAUAUGAGGACACGCUCAUAUGACCGCCACCCGUCUCCAUCCCUGGGCAAGGCACAGGUGUAACUGGGGCAAAAGGUAGGCAUGGGGAAUAAAAGGAGGAGGAAGGAUGCCUGCUGAGUCCCUCGUCCCUCUGCAACCACUGCCAGCGUCAAACUAAAGGAAGACAGAAAAUGGCUCAGUCCGUGACGAUGCCGGAAACUCAAGGAGCCAUGGACCGUGAGCCCCAGAGGGACAAGACCAGGACCAGCUACUUUGGCAACGUCAAGACCAGGCUGGGUUCCAAGCUUCCUCCCGGUGUCUCUCAGCCUCCACAGUUUGCCAAGCGGCCCUGGGAGACUCAACCUCAGGCGCGAGUGAUGCAGGAGCCUGCAGCCAGCGGCCAGCGUCAGCACCAACCCACCGUGAGCCGGCCUCUCAACCACACCCCCCACAUCAGGAACCCCAAACUGCGACAGUACUACCUGCAAGAGGCUUCAUGGGACCAUAACAAUACUGCAGUGAAGCAAGAGCAUAUGAGAGGACCGUCAGAUGACAGCACAAGCAGCAGGGGUCUCCCCGGGGACACGGUGUUCAGCGUCUCAUCUCAGUUCAACAGUAAUGGCACAUCUUCAGUAGAAGAGGGCAAAAUUGGUCACCGUCCCUCCGUUUGCACUUCAGAUUUACCCUCCUCGUCUGCUACCCUCGUCCCUAGAGAGCAGCUGGUCGUCCCGAAGGGAAAAAACACUUCCACCGGUCAAGGAUCGUCUCAACAAGAACUGGACUCAGAUCUUAAACCGAAGCGAGAGGCGGAUCCAGAGACUUUGGAAACACUUGCUGCUCAACCUCAGCCUCCCUCACCAGAAGCAGAAUAUGACAAACUACUGGAUGUGGAGGCGGUGCCGAUGCCUGAUGGACAGCUCUGCUUAUUGGCUCUGCCACCAGAGUGCUGUCAGGGGGGGGGACCAGAGGCCAUGCGGUACCUCAAACUGUUCUGCCGCUACAUCACAGACCGUAAGGGUGUAGUUUCAGGAAUCCUAUUGGUGACGUCUAACAAGAUCUUCUUUGACCCAUGUAAGACACAUGCUCUGGUGAAGGAACAUGGCUGUGAGGAAUACCUCCUGUCCUGCUCUGUUGACAAUCUGGCAUCUGUCUCCUUCUUCUCUGACAUCUCACACGUUCGAUUCAACACGUCACAGCAGAGGAGAAAAGGCAAGAACAUUUUCCAGAGUUUGAAAACCGCCAAAAGCCGAGCAGGCGGGUUCCCAAACCCAAAGGGGGAGUCGCUCCCGGCUCGGGUGUCUGUGGCUGCAUCAGAUUUGUCCCGUCUGGCCCUGAGCCUGACCAAAGAGGUCUCUGGGGAGGAGGAGGAGGAGGCAGAGAGCAGAGACAUGGCGGAGGCUGAGGUGGAGCUCGAUAGCAGCCCUCUGGAGGUGCUGUCGGAGGCGUCUGAGGGCGACCUGGGAGUGGCUGACCUGAGCGGUGCUGCAACCUUCUGCUGUGGCGGUCAAGAGGCGGUGAGUAAAGUGAAGACGGAGCCGCUUCACACUGAUGAAACAGGGAUGCCCUCUGAGAAGAGUCGGACUGCAGGUACGGAUGUGAAUCGGGAUCUUUCUCAAAGAUGGCUUAUUGUUUUUGUUUCUAUUUUUCUUCGCCACGAGUCAGCCCUUGCUCUCUGUUUACAUUCAGUGCCUCAAAGGUCAUCAGCAGGAAAUCCUGGGAGUCUGAUGUUUGUGCGGCUGCGGGUUCAGCCGUCUGCAGCAAAGAAAAAGGGUGCAGGAGGCCUUCAGCUGGGGUCGUCAAAACCUUUACCUAGAAGGGAUGCCUGGAUUGUCCUUUCACAAGAGAGCUCUGACGAGCUGUACGCCUACCUUACACACUGUCGACCAGACUUGUGUGUACUUGAGGGAGGGGAGGAGGAGAGGGAGGCGGACCGUGAUGAAGAGGAGUUUGUACUCAUUGAGGACAGAGAGGAAGAGGAAGGGGACGAGGAGGUGUUCCAGAGGCACCGCAGCUCGGGGGACGACUGGGAGAUGGUAUUGAUGGAAGAGAGUGGGGACAAGCCAAUGCUGGUCAUCGACCGGGAACCUGACGGGCUCAAUGAUAUCGUAGAGAGCAGCCACAUUUUAGAGGCUUCGCAUGUCAGAGAGCUAUGUAAGGAGCUUCCUCCGAGGACAGUUGGAUACAGCUGGCAGCUGACUUACAGUACGUCCCGUCACGGCGCCAGCCUCAAGUCCCUCUACAGGAAACUCAGUGCCACGGACUCCCCUGUGCUUGUUGUCAUAAAGGAUGCACUCGAUGAGAUAUUCGGGGCCUUCCUCUCUCACCCUCUGAGGCCCAGUGAGACGUUCUACGGCACAGGAGAAACGUUCCUCUUCAUGUUGCAUCCUCGCUUCAAGUGCUUCAGAUGGACUGGAGAGAACUCCUUUUUUAUUAAAGGAGACUUGGACUCCUUUGUUAUUGGUGGAGGCAGCGGUCACUUUGGUCUUUGGGUGGAUGAGAAUCUGUACCUGGGUCGCAGCAGCCCCUGCUACACCUUCAACAACUGUUGCCUCUCAGAAACCAACGACUUCCGGGUCAUGGAGCUGGAGGUGUGGACGUUCACCUGAAAAGGUCGCCGAGUUUCUCUUUGACUCGCGUUGCCACUGAUCAGCUUUAUCAAGACAGCAUUUACUGUAUCACCGGGUAGAAACAAAUACAGCCACUCAUUCAUUUCAUGGUAACAUCCAUGUAAAAAAAAAAAAAAACUAUUACAAACUGCUGGAUUUAUCUGUGUGAUUAAGUGCUGAGGAUUUUACUGAACUGAACAAGGCAACCCGAUCUCCCGGAGUGGGGGUUUAAUGGUGGACUGUUUCAUUGUUGGUUUGGCAGAAAAACUGUGAACCGGAUUCUUUGAGCCCCAGAAACUGCACUUUGCUCUUAAUGUGAAUGAGUAGCUUCACGAUAUCUCAUCAUUUAUCAUGUGAACACGACGGUACACCUGUCUUUAAAGCUUUCAUAUAACUGCUCAGUUAAUGCUGGAAGUUUGAAACACACAUUCGUCUUCUUAUGAAUAGAUUUCUCUGUUGAAAACCAAACUCUACACACA